AGACACUUCCUUGGAGGGCCCUUUUUCUGGUUUUCAACCAAUGGGCUCGCUUGGUGAGCUGCGCACUUUAUUUUCGCAAGCACCUGAGGGGGAGCAGCAAACAAGGCGUCGCACGCACAUUUGGACUACUAGACAGAGAAAGUGUUCUUCUCUCCCUGCUGUCACCGUUGUGCCAACUCCUGGUUUUCCACAUCCAAAGGAUCAUGGACAUGAAAGAAGAACUGCAAGACGAUGCCUCAUUCAGCAACACAGAGACAAACGGUAAGCGCCCCGCUGAGGAUGCAGAUGAGCAGAAAUCAUUUAAGCGCUCCAGGAACUCAGAUGAGAUGAUUGAGCUGCGGAUCCUGCUGCAGAGCAAAAACGCAGGAGCUGUUAUCGGGAAGGGCGGCAAAAACAUCAAAGCCCUACGUUCAGAUUACAAUGCCAGUGUGUCAGUCCCAGACAGCAGUGGGCCUGAGCGCAUCCUGUGCAUCUGCGCCGACAUCGACACCGUCGGUGAGAUCAUGCUCAAGAUUAUCCCGACCCUGGAGGAGUACCAGCAGUACAACGGCAUGGAUUUUGACUGCGAGCUGCGUCUACUGAUCCACCAGAGCUUGGCCGGCUCCAUUAUUGGAGUCAAGGGAGCCAAGAUCAAGGAGCUCAGAGAGAACACAAAGACCAGUAUCAAGCUGUUUCAGGAGUGUUGCCCUCAAUCGACAGACCGGGUUGUGCUGGUUGGUGGUAAAAUGGAGCGUGUGGUUGAGUGUAUCAAGACUAUGCUGGAGGUCAUUGCAGAAGCACCCAUUAAGGGCCGCUCACAGCCUUACGACCCUAAUUUCUAUGACGAAACGUACGAAUACGGAGGGUUCACGAUGAUGUUUGAGGAGAGAGGUAGCAGCCGCCGACCCAUGGGAGGCUUCCCCGUUCGAGGGAGUCGGUCAAGCGCCGGUGACCGGGGCUAUGAUCGAAUGCCCUCCAGCAGAUCGGGACGGGCACCUUUGCCUCCGUCUCGCCGGGACUACGAUGACAUUAGUCCUCGCCGAGGUCCUUCACACCACCAGAGCAGGAGCAGUAGGGGCAGCAGCAUGUCUAUGGGUCGCUCACACAGAGGCGGAGAUGAUCGUUACUAUGACUCAUACCGUGGCUCAGAUGAAAGGUCAAAUGACAGAAGAGGCAGACAAGAUCGCUACAGCGAUAACAUGAGUGGAGGGGGAUAUGACAACAGUUCCUCCUGGGAUAGCUACCAAUCAGGUGGCCGGUGCUCCUACAACGACACUGUCAUUACCACACAAGUGACCAUCCCUAAAGAUCUGGCGGGCUCCAUUAUUGGCAAGGGGGGCCAGCGGAUCAAACAGAUCCGCCACGACUCCGGCGCAUCCAUCAAGAUUGACGAACCUCUGGAAGGUUCCGAGGACCGGAUCAUCACCAUCGUGGGCACCCAGGAUCAGAUUCAGAACGCCCAGUAUCUUCUGCAGAACAGUGUGCUGCACCUGCUUGGAUUCAAGGACUAACCACACCCCCACCCUCCCUUUUUUUUUUUUCUCAUGUUGAUCCUUUUUUUUGGCCACUUUUGCCAUUUUCCCAGUUAUUUUUUCCUGUUCCUCAAAAAGACGCCCCCCACCCCACCCCACCCCCACACGCCCAGCUCUAGUCUAUGCUUCAGUACAUUGUUUUAUUGUGAAUGUGGAAUUGCUGGUGUGACUUUGAUUUAUUUUAUUCACUCUUUUUAUUUCAGUGUGAAGCAGUUCUCUGGUCUUUUGCUGUAGACCCCCCAGGAUUGAAGCAGACACCCCUUUCCCCGACCCCCUUACCUUACCCUAAAAACAUUCUGCCCCAACCCCCCCUCUCGCCCAACAAAGCCCCCCUUCAGACUAUUAAUUCUGGAUUGUGGGUAUAUUUGUUUUUUCUAAUUUUAUUUUUGUAUUUUGAAAGAAAUGUCCAACAUUCCUGUGCAUCAAAGAUGUUCCGCAUUCUUAAAAAAAAAAAAGAGUAUUUUCGUUGAUCUGCUUACUGUUUCCAACGCGCAUUUAUUAAAGCAUAUUCUUAUCGCCUGGCAGACUUUUUUUUUUUUGUGAUGGUUUUAUAUUUUAUCAUGUAGCUUUUUGGUUUCUAGUCCUGACUUAACACCCUGCUCUAAAACAUCCUGAAUGUAAGCCUUUCCUCCCAAAAGAGUGUAGUGGUGUCUGUGGCAGGACUCUUAUGCAGCAAAUACAUUGACAGUCUGGCUAAUCUUUUUACUGUUCUAAUGUUCAUAGGUGUUGGUGUGGGGGUAAAAUUCAUAUUUUCUUCCUUUUUUAGACGGAACGACUACAGUUUUCUUAUUAAAUUGUAUUCCUGAAUUGGGGAAAAAGUGAAUAACAAAAGCCACCCUGUCUGUGAUCUAGUACACUUGCUUGAUGUUCAUGCUGUUAAGCUUGUUUAAUUGUAUAAUGAAUAAAGAUGCCACUUUUUACUGUGUUGGUAUUUUA